AUGCCCUCUAGUAAGUUUAGUACUUAUCAUUCCAUCGAAGAAUCCAAGUAUUGUUAUUGCAAACCAAUCAUACUGUAUUCAUCCUGCCACAAUCGCGAGGGGAGAAGCACAGCCCAUCCGAAAAGAGCUCCCUACUGCCCCAGACAGAGUCCCCAUCCCUCUCCUCAUCUCCGCCGCUCCUACCCAUUCACCAUCUGCCCUCCGCCAUCCUACCUCCGCCAUCCUAAAUGGUUACUUCGCCUUACUCCACAACCUAAGAGAGUCUCCACAUCCACCCCCCCCCCCAAAAUCAAUAAACACCUCUCAACCCCCUCAUCCCAACACCAUCCCUGCCCCAACCACCCACCACAUCGCCCUCCCCACCCAACUCCCCCAACACAGAGAGCCCCACACACUCACAUCCACAAAAUCCCCCACAUAACCCAAACCAUCCCAGUAGAAAACAAGAGCACAACCAUAAUCCCAUUCGUUUUAUUCAUCACCCCCCAGAUCAUCCAUGCCCUGCCCUGA